AUGUGUUUUAAUAAUCCAUGUCAGAUUAUCACCGGCAUUUUCCCUAAAUCAUAUGAUCAGUUGUCAUCACAAGGUGCGGGUCACGAUGAGAUAGACUUCGAGUUCUUAGGCAACUCCACUAGAAACCCUUACACAAUCCACACCAACGUGUAUUCACAAGGGAAAGGAAACAAAGAACAGCAGUUCCACCUUUGGUUUGACCCUACUGCAGCCUUCCACACCUACACCAUCGUAUGGAACAGUCUAAGAAUUAUUUUCUUGAUAGAUAACAUACCAGUAAGGGUGUUCAAUAACAAUGAUGCUGCUGGAGUGCCAUUUCCCAAGAGCCAACCCAUGAGGGUGUAUGGCAGCCUGUGGAACGCGGAUGACUGGGCAACCCAAGGUGGGCGUGUGAAGACUGACUGGGCUAAUGCGCCUUUCACUGCGUCAUACAGGAAAUUCAAUGCCAAUGCCAAAAAAGUUGAUCCCAAUUCAGUAUCUACAAGCUCAAUAAAUGAUAACCAGUCAUGGAGUACCCAAGGACUUGAUGCAGCAGGCAGAAACAGGAUUCGAUGGGUGCAAACAAAACACAUGAUCUACAACUACUGCAAUGAUCACAAACGGUUUCCCAAUGGUCUUUCCCAGGAAUGCAAGCGCUCUAGAUUCCUCUAA